AUGGACGAGGAGGUCGCCCCGCUGCCCGAGGGCGUCCCCGGCGUGGCGGUGCCCUGGGCGCCGCCCAACUGGACCUACGCCUUCCCCGUGGACUGCGACGCCACGGUGCCCAUGUCCAACGCGUUCCGGGUUGCGGUUUAUCUCAUGUACUGCCUGGUGUUCCUGGUGGCGCUCGUGGGCAACGGGCUGGUCAUGUACUGCGUCGUCUCCUCGCCGCGCAUGCGCACCGCCACCAACUUCUGGCUGCUCAACCUGGCCGUCGGCGACAUCCUCAUGACCGUGCUGUGCGUGCCCUUCUCCUUCGUGCCCACGCUGCUGCUGCAGUACUGGCCCUUCGGCGUCGAGCUGUGCCACAUGGUGAGCUUCUGCCAGGCGGUGUCCGUGCUGGUGUCGGCCUACACGCUGGUGGCCAUCUCCGUGGACCGGUACGUGGCCAUCAUGUGGCCGCUGCGGCCGCGCCUGUCCCGCCGCCUGUCGCACGGCGCCAUGCUCACAGUGUGGGUGUUCGCCGUCAUCACCGCCAUGCCCAUCCCCAUGGUGACGCGCCUCUCGCAGCCGGACAGCUGGCACGCGCACUGUGACAAGUGGGUCUGCCAGGAGGAGUGGCCGAGCCCGCUGCACCGCCACUACUACACGCUGGCCCUCAUGACGCUGCAGUACUUCGCGCCGCUCGUCGUGCUGCUCUACACCUACACCAGGAUUGCCGUCGUCAUCUGGGGCAAGCGGACGCCCGGCGAGGCGGAGAACCUGCGCGACCAGCGCCUGGCCAAGGCCAAGAGGAAGAUGGUGACGAUGAUGAUCACCGUGGUGGCGGCCUUCACCAUCUGCUGGCUGCCCUUCAACCUUCUCGUGACGGUGUGGACCUACAACGAGUCUCUGGGCGACCAGCAGUGGCUGCCGGGGCUGUACUUCGCCUGCCACUGGUUGGCCAUGAGCCACUCGUGCCUCAACCCCAUCAUCUACUGCUGGAUGAACGCGCGCUUCCGGCAGAGCUUCAAGACGGCCGUGCUGUGCGCGCGCUUCCCGCGCCGCCUGCCCGUCGUGCAGCACCACGUGGCCGCGGGGGCCGCCGCCGUCACCUGCACGUCGUUCCGGUCGCAGCACCGCAAGACCCACCUGGAGGACAUGUGACGCGGGGUGCGGCCUGGGCCUGGCCCCAUGCCUGGCCCCAUGCCUGGCCCCGGGGCGCGCAACGGCGGCGGCGUCGCCCUGGGCAUGGCCGACACGCGGCUGCACCAGGCCCAGUACCUGGAGGACGCCCUCUAGGGUGCUUCCACGUAUUGCGCAACGUCUGCUGCCUCUCUCGCACUCACACAAGGACAGAUCUUUGAAAAACGUAAUGUAAUAAUUGGACGAUUCCCUAGCAGUGUUCAGGACCCUAAGUGGCGGCCCUGGUCGCGUACACUCUGUACAAAAGUCAACUCAAGUCGUCUGGCCAAUAGGCUGAGCCUAAGGCCAAAAGAUUAACUCUCAAGUCAAGUCGACAAAAACUUUUUGUACAAGUUAUUUUUGACGAAAUCCUUGGUAAAGAAUUUACAGUAUAUUCUGGGUCGAAACGAUUAUACUCAGAAAAAGCAACAAAUAUGUCAGCUUGACUUUAAAAAAAAAAAGAAAGUGGUCCUAGAAUCGUUGGGUGUUACUACACGGAACCACUUUCAUAACUUGUUGUACCUGGACUGUAACGGGCAGCCGACGCGUUACACGUAGUUAUGUUACCGACUCGGAAAAUCGUAGAUAGAACUUCAACUUACUCUCACUUGGCAGCUCUCUUACCAAGACUUAUGUUAAUACUAGACUUGGAGAUUCAAUAAUGUGCUGUAUGAGAGCAGGGUAGCUUGGGUCAAUAAGAUUAGGUUUAAGAUUGAAAACGAGGCUUAGUCUACCCUGUUCGGAAAGUAACACGCAUUGCGUCUGCAAUGAAAUGUUUGAAAGAGCGGAAAAGACUUUCUUUUGUGCGUUCUGAUGUGUACAUAUCAGGAGGCCUCUAAACCUAGAGUAUGUUUAACCGAGUUUCACUUCAAAUGUCUCAAUUCAACAUUAAAUUAGGCAGGUGACAUUAUACUUUAGUUCGUGUAUUUUCAAAGACUGAUAAUGAUCUCGUAACGUUUAUUUUAAAUGCUCUUAUUUUUGAAGUGGUUGUGUGGAAUAAUGGCCUACUUUGACUCGUUUUGUCGGAAUAUUUCUUCUGUGAAUAGUGUAGAGUGUGACGUGCAUGUUUGUGUUAGUGUGAAGUUAAAGAGUCGGUGUAAUUCUCAAUUAAACGUCUGAACAGUUAAAACAAAAA